AUGACCAUAAAGUCACUGUCCGCUCUGCUCCGAUGUGCUGUAGUUUGGCCCUCAAAAGAAGAAGUGCUGGAAAACAUUCCAAAGUGUUUCAAGGAUUUUUCGCAAACAAGGGUGAUCUUCGAUUGCACAGAGGUGAGCGUGGGAGUGCCCAAGUGCCUUAGAUGCCGCAUCAAUACCUAUUCCCAUUAUAAGAAGGGGCAUACCGUGAAAUACAUGAUUGGCGUUUCACCAGGUGGUUUGAUCACCUUCGUCAGCAAAGGAUAUGGAGGCAGAGCCUCUGGUAAGGCUAUUUUUGAACAAAGUGGACUAGUGAAGGAUCUCCUCCCUGGUAUUGAUAGUGUGAUGGUCGACAAGGGCUUUCUGAUUGACUCUAUCUGUGAGAAGCACCUCAUCAAUGUGAUUAGGCCACUUUUCCUUCGCCAAAAGAAGCAGUCUAGAAAAUCGGAGGCUAUGAGAACAAGAAAGAUAGCUGCAGCAAGAGUACACGUUGAGAGGACCAUACAGCGUAUAAAGCUCUUCAAGAUCCUUAUCCAUAAGUUGACAUGGAACAUGGUCCCAUUUGCUGAUGACAUGCUGUUGAUAUCAGCUGCCCUCACCAAUCUAUCAAGGUCAAUUAUAGGCGAAGACAAGUUCCUUUGA